GAAAACCAACUAGCAGCUGAAUAUUGUGCACUCUUUUUCUGUUUUACGCAACCGUUUUUCUUAAUUGUUAAUAUUUUUUGAAAGAGCUAAUUUAACUUAAAAUACGUUGUGAGAUUGUUUGAAAACUCGUUUAUUUUAGCAACUACUAGCGUUUUGCAGUGUAACAAAUAUGUCACGCAAAUUUUUUGUUGGUGGUAACUGGAAAAUGAAUGGAACAAAAAAAGUAGCUGAUGAUCUACUAGGAAAUUUGAUGAAAGGAUCACUAGAUCCUAACGUUGAUGUGUUAAUAGGUGUUCCAGCCUUAUAUUUAGAUUAUGUUAAAGAAAAAUCCUCUUGCUGCAUUAAAGUUGCGGCUCAAAAUUGUUACAAAGUAGAAAAGGGUGCAUUUACUGGUGAAAUCAGUCCUGCUAUGCUUAAAGACAUAGGUGUUGACUGGGUUAUCUUGGGCCACUCGGAACGUCGUCAAAUUUUUCAAGAAACAGACUUGCUGAUUGCUGAAAAAGUUAAUCAUGCUCUUCAAUCUGGAUUAUCUGUUGUUGCAUGUAUUGGAGAAACUUUAGAUGAAAGAGAAGCAGGUCAAACUGAGAGUGUAGUAGCUAAGCAAAUUAAAGCUAUUCAUGAAAAAAUUUGUAAUUGGGAUAAUGUUGUAAUAGCUUAUGAACCAGUUUGGGCAAUAGGAACUGGAAAAACGGCUAGUCCUCAACAGGCUCAAGAAGUACACAAAAUCUUACGCAAAUGGUUAGCUGAUGAAGUAAGUGAAGCAGUAUCUCAAAAAACUCGUAUUAUUUAUGGAGGAUCAGUUACAGCAGCUAAUUGUAAAGAUUUAGCUAAGGAAUGUGAUAUUGAUGGAUUUUUAGUUGGAGGUGCAUCUCUAAAACCUGAAUUUGUUGAUAUAAUUAAUGCUAAGCAAUAACUUAUUUAGUCAAUAAUAAGAUAAUUUAUCCAUACAUUUAUAUUGCAUGUUAAAUAAUUUGCUGUAUUUUUUUUUUCUUGUUUUAUUUUUUGAGAAAUAAGUUUCAACAAAAACUGUAAACUAUGUUUUGUUAACUACGUUUACCUAGUUUGUUAUUAAAUUAUUUGUAUUUUGUAGAGUUCAAUAAUUUAUUUCAAAAAAUAUAUGCAUAUAUUAAUUUA